AUGGCGGAGGAAAUCGUUAAUCUUUAUUCUCAGCUCUGUAUUUGUGAGGAAGAAAAGAAGCCUAUUGACCUAGGAGCCUUAACUUUUGGCGAGGAGGAGAACAACCUAUCGCUAAUGUUGGUUGGGAAAUUGCUCACUCAUAGAUCUUACAAUGUUGAGGCGUUUAAGAAGACAAUUACCAGUAUAUGGGCUCCGAUUCAUGGUUUGGCAAUUAGGAAGGAUUUUGACAAGGUUUUAAGAGGACGACCAUGGUGUUUUGAUAAUAUGCUUGUUCUCUUGAAAGAAAUUGACGGUGACGAGCAACCGGAGGAAGUAACUCUUACGAACUCUCCCUUUUGGGUUCGUAUAAAAAAUUUACCCUUUAACUGUAGAUCUGAUUCCCAUGUCAAAGCUAUUGUGGAGGGCAUGGGAGAAAUUCUUGAGAUUGAAGACGGUGUUCUUGGAAUUGGGCGUUACCGGAGAGUUAAACUAAUGCUUGAUACAACCAAACCCUUGCGGCGUUUUCAGAUGAUCAAGGACCGCAGAGGACGAGAACUGCAGGUGAAUUUUGCCUAUGAAUGA